GCAGAUAAAUUGACAACUGAAUUAAUCUCAGCUUGAUAACUCAUAUACCAUGGAGAUGUCACAAGUUUGGAGCAAAAGUAAUCCUGAUGGUUGUAGUCCUCAGCUCGAUAGCUUACACUCCUUGGAGAUUUCACAAGUUUUCCACCCUUGGUUACCUGAUUUGGGUACCAACUAAUUUGGGUUCGCGCCGAAAAGUUGCAGUUUGGAGGUAAAAUACUUCCAAACAACGGUGAUUUCAUUCCCAGAAUAUGAGGCCUCUAGUUAAGGAUCAAGGGGAGAAAGAGGACAUCUUCUAGCAGUGGAAAUGACUGAAAAUGGAUUAAAGGGUGAAGCAGAAACAAAGAUUCAGGUUAGGGGUCUGAACAAGGUAUCAGAUAAGGGAGAUUUUAUACUGAACAGUGUCAGUGUUGACAUACCAAAAGGAAUAAUCAUGGGGAUCAUAGGCCCCAGUGGUAGCGGAAAAUCAACGUUUUUACGAGCACUAAACAGAUUGUGGGAACCCCCUAAGAACACUGUUUUUUUGGAUGGUGAUGAUAUUUGUGAUCUGGAUGUACUCUGUCUUCGUCGUAAGGUUGGCAUGCUAUUCCAGCUUCCAGUUUUGUUUGAAGGUACAGUGGCAGAUAAUAUACAAUACGGGCCAAAAUUAAAGGGAAAUAAACUAAGUGACAACGAGGUUAACAAGUUGCUGACUCUAGCUGACCUGGACGCAUCUUUCUUCAACAAGUCAGGCGGGGAACUAUCUGUUGGUCAGGCACAAAGAGUUGCACUUGCUAGGACCUUAGCUAAUGAACCAGAGGUUCUGCUACUGGAUGAGCCAACUAGUGCAUUAGAUCCAAUAUCAAUAGAAAAUAUUGAGGACGUUCUUGUAAAGCUGAAGGAGGAUCAGAAGAUGACAAUUGUGAUAGUUUCUCAUAGCAUCAAGCAAAUACAGAGAAUAGCUGAUGUAGUGUGCCUGCUUGUUGAUGGGAAGAUUGUAGAAAUUAUAAAGCCUGAUCAACUCUCUGAAGCUAAGCAUCCAAUGGCACUAAAAUUUCUUCAACUCAGCUCCUAGUGUUCUUCAUGCGAAAAGUAAAAUCAGGCAAAAAUAUAGUUGUAGCUGGUGGCCUGCCUAUAUAAUCCCACUAUUUAUGAACGGUUAUGUUAUGUGCAGUUAUCUUCUAGGUGACUUGAUAAUUAGUAUAUAUAUGUUAAACCCAAUUAAGAACUAGUUAGCAACAAACCAAAUGGGCGACGCACUUGACACUUCGCCUAUUCAAAGUGUCUGAGCAUACCUACUGAGUACUUAGUAAACCAAUAUGCACUUUUCUGUUGACCACAGUGCUUAUCUGAGGCUUAGCAACUGAAACUACUUGUAUAAAUACAUUUGAUGUGUACAUUUGCAGUAACAGUGCAAGAAUGAUGCGAUUUCCUUCAUACUUAA